CGAGGUGUUCUCCAUUGGUGAAGCGCCUUCAUUAGUCAAAAAGCGUGGGCGGGACUCUUGCUCUCUGCAGCGAGUCAAAGAGAAAGGCAAUAAAGGGAGGCAGGAGCUGCACUUUGCCGACGAGCAUCUCUGCCGCUACAGUCAUCACAUCCCUCCCCCUCCCUCCAGGAUCUGCAACAACAACAAAAAAAAACACACAAAAAAUACACCGUGACUUCUCUUUGGAAAAAGGCAGAGUUCAUCAAUGUGACUCCGGUCAGUCCGAAACUGCGCCAUUCAACUGGAUAAGUCCAUCCCGAGGAGAAGAGACUGACAAGAGACCGAGACCGGCGCGAGGGGACUGUCGACGUAACAGAAUUGUGAAGGAAAAGAGAAGAUGAUCGUCAAGCUGCACCUGAUCUUCACCCUGUACAGCCUCUGUGCGAGCGUCUUUAAAGUGGCUGGGACAAAAAGCAAAGCCAAAGGUAGCCAAGGUCAGUUCCCCAUAACUCAGAAUGUGACGGUGGUGGAGGGAGGCACAGCCAACAUGACCUGCCGUGUGGAUUACAAUGAUAACACUUCCCUCCAGUGGUCAAACCCUGCACAACAAACCCUAUUCUUUGGGGACAAGAAAGCUUUGAGGGACCACAGGAUUGAGCUGGUACGAGCCUCAUCACAGGAGCUCAUCAUCAGAAUCAGUGACGUCCUUCUGUCAGACGAGGGCCAGUACACCUGCUCGCUCUUCACCAUGCCCGUCAAGACCACCAAGGCCUUUCUCACUGUUCUGGGAGUGCCAGGACGACCAGACAUCACAGGAUUCACCAAGCCGGCCAUGGAGGGAGACGUACUCACACUGACGUGCACCGCACCAGGCAGCAAACCAGCUGCUAAUAUCCGAUGGUUCCGAAAUGACAAGGAGGUGCAAGGUACUAAGGAAGUGAAUGCCACAGGGAAAUCCUUUGCGGUUAGGAGUAGCCUCCAAUUCCAGGUGGACAGGCGGGAAGAUGGCGUCGCCUACACCUGCAGCGUGGAGCAUGUGUCUCUGCCGAACCCUUACAUGACUACUGAGGUCCUGGAGGUUCACUAUGCUCCCCAUCUUGAGAUCACACAUUCACUGAUUAUUCCCCAGGAAGGACAAUACUUCAAAUUGGAGUGUGUGUCAAUAGGCAACCCAAUACCUGAACCUGUGCUGUGGUCUAAAGAUGGGGGAGAGCUGCCAGACAUUGAGCGUAUGAUAGUGGAGGGCAGGGAACUAACCAUCACCACACUUAAUAAAACAGACAAUGGCACAUACCGUUGCGAAGCCAGCAACCACCUGGGGACCAGCAGCGCUGAAUACAUACUGUUUGUAUAUGCCAAAGACUUUCCAUGGCCUACAACAGAUCCUAAUGCUUUUGCACAACAUGGACCUGACCACGCUUUAAUUGGUGGUGUUGUUGCAGUCGUUGUCUUCAUCACCUUGUGUCUGAUAAUAGUUCUUGGACGUUAUCUGGCCAGACAUAAAGGGACGUAUUUAACACACGAGGCCAAGGGAUCAGAGGAUGCCCCAGACGCAGACACGGCCAUCAUCAAUGCCGAGGGAAACCAUGUGCAUGCGGAGGAAAAGAAAGAGUACUUCAUUUAGACUUAUUUUUCUCCUUUCUUUUGUUUCAUCACAACUUUUGACAGCAAACAUGCAAAUUAAACUGCCUGAGCGUAACUACAUGAUCUGUUUCACUUUAUUUAUUAUUAUUUUGUCUUGACCGGGAAGCUAAUGUUUGGCUACACUAUUUUUUAAAAGCUGUUGCUGACAAUAUAGCCUUCUUCUUUUGGAAUCAAUGUAGACCUUCAAGUUUUAAGGUGCCUAAAUCCUGUACAUUUUUCUGCAUUUCUUUCAUCGCUUGAAUUUUUUUUUUUUCUCUCUGGUCUCUCUUACUUAACUUGUUUUACAACUUUUUGCAAAUGAAACAAGACAUGUACUUCAACUCAAUUAGGAGUCAAGACUUAGCUUUUUGAAAGGUUUUGCUUUAAGAGCGGAUGUUAUGUUAUUUGAACGCGAUUAGAGUGGUUUUGGGUGCUGUUUGGGGCUUAUUCUAAAAUUGACCAGACAUUCUGACAAGACAAAAUAUUGAAGCACAUUGAUUGUCCGUAUUAGUCCCUCCCAUCUGUAUAUUUCUGAAUUGAUUUGCUUUCAGUUUUCACCCAUGCUGUUGAUUUGUACCAACAGAGAACAAGUAUGAAAAUGUAAGCACAAAGUCUGAGGACUAACAAGGAGGGGAAAUGCACCUUGUCUGUUGUUUGUUGUCUAAGGAUUCAAUAUGAGUCGAGAUGAAAAGAUUGUGUCAGACAGGUGAUGAAGAUUUCAGUACACUUGCAGUUAAAUUCAUGGAAGAAGAACAUUACAUUGGUUUGUGAUUUGAUGUAAGAUGCUAACUGAAUAAGUGGAACCUUGUGGGGGUUCAUUAUUUAUGUUAACUUUUAUUGAACUAUGCUCUAUGUGUGGAUAUUGCUGUAAAAUACUUUGCUAACGUGAAUAUUGGUGAACAAUACUUGUUGAAUCUGGAGAUCCCUGACAUAUUAAUUUGUAUAUUAGCAUAUACAGUAUUUAAAGUAUUCCACGAGUCUUUAUUCUUUCUCAUUUAUCUAAGAAGAGUUUGUUUUACCAGGUGGUGUGUAAAUAAUGUGUAAGUAUUCAAUUUUAGUAAAAGACAAAACUCUGAUUUUUAAAUUUCAGGUCUAAUCAGUUGCCAUCACUUCCAAAUUUGUUUCCCAAUUUGGAAGACUUUAUUUCAAACAGGGAUUCUAACGAAUUGCUUAAAAUAAAGAAAAAAUAUUCUGGUCAGUAUAUGUAUUUAUUAUUAUGAUUGAAGUUUAUUAUAUGAUACUAUAUGAAUUGAUAUUAUUGCUGUUAUUACAAAUGUAGUAGUCUGACAUUAACUUUUCCAUUUUUUAAUUCUGUAUUUAUCAUUAAAAAACAAUACAAGGAUCACCAUUAUGGCCUUUGAGUUUGCUGCAAACAGUACUAAUGUUGAGGCAUUGGUGAAUCAGACAUGUCCUCACUGUAUAUAGUCACUGUAUCAAAGACAUUGAACCACAUUGCCAAUGCUCAUAAAUGUUCUUUUGUUAGUUUGGUAUGAUGCUAUAAAUAACUCAUUUUGUACAAAGUUUUAAUCGCUGUAAUUAAUUUGCUUUUUAUGGGGGAUGUGUGAGGUUUGCUUUUAUCUUAGUAUUGAAUAUUCAUUUUCCAACUAUGCCACUGUAAAAAAAAAAGAAAAAAGAGAGACAAAGUGCGGAUUAAAAUAUGAACAAUUUAAAAAACUGA